UGACCGAGAAAAUCGGCACUCUACCCAGUCUCGUCUUCUUCAUCACACGAUGCUUCCACUGCCCCUCCUCCCCGUCCUGCUCCUCUUCGUCGUGGUGGACGGCUACCCGUCCAUCUGCAGCAACGCCACCUGCGGCGACCUCACCAUCGCCUACCCGUUCUGGCUCAACUCCUCUACAUCUUCCAGCUGCGGUUAUUCCGGCCUGGGCCUCGCCUGCGAGGGCAACACCACUCUGAUUCUCCUCGACCAAUCGCACCACCGGUACAGAGUCUCACACAUCGACUACGACACACAGACGGUGUCCCUGGUCGGAGACGCCGAAACCUUCAGCACGACCAGCUGUCCGCUCCUCCACUUCAACCUCACCAUCGACACCAGCUCCCCUCUGCACCUCACAAGCUCGGGCUCCAACAUCACCUUCUUCUACAACUGCACGAAGAACGCCUCCUGGCCUUCUGCCGUGGAAUUAAGUGGCUGUCCAGACUAUAACAAGACUUCGUACGUGCUCAUGGACGAUGGUUACCCGGGCGAAGCGUCCAAGUACGGGUGCGAGGCGGCGGUGGUGGCGCCGGUGCUGGAUACUCACAAGGAGAGCAUGGGGGAUGUGCCUCUGGACAGAAGAUAUGCUGAUAUGCUCAUGGCUGGGUUCGAACUGAACUACAGCCCGCACUCCGGGCAGUGCGGCAUCUGCGAGCGUUCCGGCGGAUGGUGCGGCUACCAGCACAACCAGACGAAUGGAUCGUUGGGAUUCACCUGCUUCUGCCAUAGCGGCCCGACCACGGAUCAUUGUGGGCAUGGAUACUCAAAGACCAGAAUAAAAACAUAUACAAUAGCAGGCAGCUCAAGCAUACUUAUGCUAUGUCUGCUUUCCUUUGCAUUUUGGUUGGGCUACAAGAAGUACGGAUGCAAAAAGAAAUCAAAGGAAAUGGCAAGGAUUGAGUCCAUCCUACAAAAGAAUGGAACCAUACAUCCAAAAAGAUACGCUUAUGCACAAGUGAAAAGAAUGACAAGAUCUUUUGCUGAAAAGCUAGGUCAAGGUGGAUUUGGUGCUGUAUACAGAGGCAGCUUCUCUGAUGGACGUCAGAUAGCAGUGAAGAUGCUAAAGGACUACAAGACUGAUGGGGAGGAUUUCAUCAAUGAAGUGGCUAGCAUUAGUAGAACUUCUCAUGUCAACGUCGUUACUCUCAUUGGAUUUUGCUUGGAAGGAUCCAAAAGGGCAUUAAUUUAUGACUAUAUGCCUAAUGGUUCACUUGAACAGUAUGCUUUCAAGGACAACUCUAAAGGUAAAAUUAUUCUAGGUUCGGAGAAAUUAUUCGAUAUAGCAGUUGGCAUUGCUCGAGGACUUGAAUAUCUCCAUCGAGGAUGCAAUACUCGCAUCGUGCAUUUUGAUAUCAAACCCCACAAUAUUUUGUUGGAUCAAGAUUUUUGUCCUAAGAUAUCUGAUUUUGGAUUGGCCAAGCUGUGCCUCAAUAAAGAAAGUGCUAUUUCCAUUGGUGGUGCUAGAGGGACAAUAGGCUAUAUUGCCCCCGAGGUCUAUUCGAAGCAAUUCGGAGCAGUAAGUAGCAAAUCUGAUGUCUACAGUUAUGGAAUGAUGGUUCUUGAGAUGGUUGGGGCAAGGGAUAAGAAUAUCAGUGCAAACAGUGAAUCUAGCAGCCAAUAUUUCCCACAAUGGAUUUAUGAAAAUUUAGAUGAAUAUUGUGUUAGUGCUUCUGAAUUUAAUGGCGAGAUCAUAGGGAUUGUAAGGAAGAUGAUAGUGGUUGGGUUGUGGUGCAUACAAUUAAGUUCUACUGAUCGUCCAACAAUGACUAGAGUCGUCGAGAUGCUAGAAGGGAGCACAAGUGUCCUUGAAUUGCCACCAAAGGUUCUGCUCAUUGGUAAUGGACAUUGUAAAUAAUUGGGCACUGGACUUGGUAAUCGACUUAAUGUC